AUGGAGGGUUCUAGAGAUUUAGGUGAAGAUUAUUUUGAAUCUCUUUGCUCUCAGGAACAAUAUUUAGAGAGUAACUAUGAGGACUUGGUAGAGGUUCUAGAAGGUCUGGAAGGGUUGUUGGACGAUGGAUGUAGUGAAGAGAGACAGCUUGAGUUGAUUAGGGGGCUUGCUUCUGGUUGUGGCAAGUUGAAUGGGUCUUUAAUUGAUUUGAAAUUUGGAAAAUAUAAUACUCGAGAGGCUCAAGUGAAGAUGCAAAAGGGCAAUAAUGACCAGAAAUUGGUCAAUGAAGUAUCCCAAUAUCAGGAUUAUUUCGCUUUGGUGGAGACUGUGAAUCAGGAUAUGCUUGUUUACAUUAAUUUGUUGGAACGAUUGGCGUCUGAUUUAUUCAUUCAAGUCGAAGACGCUCAAUUUAAAGAUAAUGAAGUGAUAAUGGUGGAUGAAGUGGCUGCUCCUGUUGAAGUGCAGGAUGUCCUAAAGAAAUAUAUUACUGAAUCCUCAGAGACAUCGGUUUUACGUGAUGAAUUAGAUAAAUAUUUAAACGAAAUCAAGAUGGAACGUGCAGAAUUAACUAUUAAAAAUAAAUUCUCCUUACAACCUACAUUAAACGAAUUGAGCAAAGAAGUGAAUUAUUGGAGGAAAGAAUGGGACAAUAUGGAGAUGCUGAUGUUUGGAGAUGGUCCAAACUCAAUGAAAAGAAUGAUGAAAAAUAUAGAGAGUUUAAGAGCAAAAGCUUUGACUUCAAUAAAAGAACAAAAUUAA